AUGGAUCACGCAGCCCAGGCCAUCACCCACGACGACACAAUUAAAACUGUGAAAAGGAGAAAGAGGAAGCCGAGGGUGAAGACUCCUCCACCAGCCCAAGACUCUGUUGUGUCGAGGCCAGAGGUAGAAGAGCCACCUCCCGCUGACCUGGCUCCUGUGGAGGACGUCUCGGAACCAGAGUCUGCUGCUGCUGAGACCAGGGUUGUUGUUCCUGGGUUGACCAAGGCCUUGCUCAGACAGAGGGAUCUGGAGGACGGAGUUGUCUGGGAGGGCAAGCAUCGGACCUGUAUCACAGAGGACAGGGCAACGGUCGCCCUCACCUCGCUCUUCACCUCAACGGUAAGAUCAGUUACACCCAUACACAAUUACAUCUGCUCAUUGACUCAUUUGUUGUGGUCUGACAUGAAGGAGCAUAGACAUUUUGAAGUACAUUCAUAGCUUCGAUCUUGUUUAUUAAAAUUAUUUUGUGAGUGUGUUAAACCAAUGGUAGCCCUGAGAAAGUAGCCAUACUAGCACUAAUUGUCUGCAUUUACUUUCCUCUUUUCUCUUCAGGGCUUUGUUUGUGAGAAUCCUACAGCUCCCAUUAAGAUGAUAAAACACAGAGCCCCUCCCUGCCUCAAUGCGUUCUGCCGGCUGGGCUGUGUGUGUGCCAGCCUAGCACAGGACCGUCGUAUUACCCACUGUGGAAAGAUGGAGUGUAUAUUUGGCUGCAGCUGCCUCAGGCAGAAAGUGGUCGUACUCAAAAACUUAAAAGGACCAGAUUCCAGUGUGUCAGAAGAGGGCCCGUCCAAGAAGAGGAAGAAGAGGAAGAGGAUGAGGAUGGCAUAUAGUGAGUGUCCUCUAGUUUAGAAAACUACAGAAUAAAACCUUGUUAUGAAGCUCUUUGAAUGGUUCAAAUAAAGAAAGUUUUAAAAGGUUUCCAUACGAAAACAACCUUUCUAUACUACAUUAGAUUAAAUACUUUGAUGCACAUGUCACAAAGUGUGUCCAUCCUAAUGUUGCAAUUAAAUGACGUAUUUCUACUCAUUUACCGGAUUAUUUUCUAACUUCAGCUCUCAGAGAGGCUGAGACGGUAUCAGAACCAGCGCCGCGUGUGAGAACGUUGUGGAAGCAGACCGAUGGAGAGACUGACCCCGAGCCCCUCCACGCCCCAACACCAGUCUAUUUACCAUGGCUUCCACUACAGGAAGAACCUUCAGCAGUGGUGAGUCGUAGAAGGGUGUCUAUCUAUCCAGAAGUGUUAGAUAUACCACUGUAAAAGUGGUAUGUAUAUUCUUACCCCCCUGCCUUUUCUAAAGGUGAGAGAGGAAGAAGGGACCAUGACAUGUGCCAGAGUGCGUGCGUUCCAAAGCAAGAGCACAAACCGACCUGAGGACAUUGACGACCACUGCAAACCAAUAGACUCCGCACCAGGUAAGUUCAAUGAGUCAAAAUUGUCAUCAUUUUCUUAAUCCCAAACAUCUGUCUGCGAUUAUAUCUAUCAGUCAGUAAACCACAUCAAUAAUUAGUUGCUUCCAACAAUCAUAGCCUGCCCUGAAAUGCAUUUCUAAUUGCUGUUGACUUUCUCUUGAUGUAGUGAGCCCUUCCAGGAAGUCAGAGAAGUCGUCCUCCCAUGGUCCCCAGUACACGGAGCCCUCCAAGCGUCUGGAGAUCAUGUCUGAGUGUAAGUGGAGGAGCCUGGCGGACAGGAACUUUGUGCUGAGGAUUGUGUGUGAGCACAUGGCCCAGGACCACCUCACCAACCCCUUCUGGGUCAAAGGUUACCUCAUCAAACCCCUGUCUCAGACCCUGAGGAACGACGGCGAGAGCCGCUCCGUCCACUACAAGGUACAUAUCUCUCAGGUCUCGCAACUGGACGGAGUGGAGGAGGAGAACGGUGAGGAGGAAUGGAUGGAAGAAGAAGAAGAAGAAGAAGAAAUGGAGGAGGGGGAGAUGGAGGAGCAGAGAAGGGAGGAUAAGGAGGUGGAGGAAGGACGGAGCGUAGAGGAGAAGCAAAGCGAGCAGGAGAACAAGGCUGUGGGGAAGAGAAAGGGUCUGAAAUGGAAGGGCCUGCCUUUUUUAACAGGAAUUUCUCCUGCUGGCCUCCUUACUGCCAACCUAAAGCAGCCAGACAUCUCAGACCAGGAACUUGUCACGGUAAGCAUUUUAAAUACCUAGAGUUCCCCCCAAAACAUAUCUGAUGAUCAGUUCAUUUUCCUACUCUAUUGAUGUGGAAUGGCACCCUAUUCCCUAUGUAGUGCACUUUCCUAUGUAGUGCAUAGUGCUCUGGUCAGAAGUAGUGCGCUACAGUGCCUUCAGAAAGUAUUCAUACCCCUUGACUUAUUCCACAUUUUGUUGUGUUACAGCCUGAAUUCAAAAUGGAUUAAAUAUAUUUUUUUCCCACCCAUCUACACACAAUCCCCCAUAAUGCCAAAGUGAAAACAUGUUUUUAGAAUUUUUUGCACAUUUAUUGAAAAUACAAUACAGAAAUAUCUCAUUUACAUAGGUAUUCACACCCCUGAGUCAAUUUGUAGAAGCACCUUUGGCAGCGAUUACAGCUGUAAGUCCUUCUGGGUAAGUCUCAAAGAGCUUUCCACUCCUGGAUUGUACAAUAUUUGUCCAUUAUUCUUUUCAAAAUUCUUCAAGCUCUGUCAAAUGGGUUGUUGAUUAUUGCUAGACAACAAUUUCCAGGUCUUUCGAUAGAUUUUCAAGUAGAUUUAAGUCAAAACUGUAACUCGGCCACUCAGGAACAUUCACUGUCUUGGUAUGCAACUCCAGUGUAGAUUUGGCCUUGUGAUUUAGGUUAUUGUCCUGCUGAAAGGUGAAUUCAUCUCCCGGUGUCUGGUGGAAAGCAGACAUAACCAGGUUUUCCUCUAGGAUUUGGCCUGUGUUUAGCUCCAUUCCAUUUCUUUUUUUUUUAUCUUGAAAAACUCCCCAAGUCCUUAACGAUUACAAGCAUACCCAUAACAUGAUGCAGCCACCACUAUGCUUGAAAAUAAGGAGAGUGGCACUCAGUAAUGUGUUGUAUAGGAUUUGCCCCAAACAUAACACUUUGCAUUCAGUACUAAAAGUUAAUUGUUCAGCCACAUUUUUUGCAGUAUUACUUUAGUGCCUUGUUGCUAACAGGAUGCAUGUUUUGGAAUAUUUUUUUAUCUGUAUAUGCUUCCUUCUUUUCACUCUGUCAAUUAGGUUAGUAUUGUGGAGUAACUUUUCAGUUUUCUCCUAUCACAGCCAUUCAACUCUGCAACUGUUUUAAUGUCCCCAUUGGCCUCAUGGUGAAAUCCCCGAGUGGUUUCCUUCCUUUCUGGAAACUGAGUUGGGAAGGACGCCUGUAUCUUUGUAGUGACUGGGUGUAUUGGUACAUCAUCCAAAGUGUAAUGAAUAUUUUCACUAUGCUCAGAGGGAUGUCUACUUUUUAUUUAUUUUUACCCAUCUACCAAUAGGUGCCCUUCUUUGCGAGGCAUUGGAAAACCUCCCUGGUCUUUGUGGUUGAAUCUGCGUUUGAAAUCCACUGCUUGACUGAGGGACUUUACAUAUCAUUUUAUUUCAGCUUUUCAUUAUUUAUUAUACUGAACAAAAAUAUAAACACAACAUACAACAAUUUUACUGAGUUACACUUCAUAGAAGGAAUUCAGUCAAUUUAAAUAAAUAAAUGUGGCCCUAAUCUAUGGAUUUCACAUGACUGGGCAGAGUUUUUCAAAACAAAAGGGCUUUAUUAUGUGACCGAAAUACUCCUCCGCACCCCCUCCCCCUCAGAAGAUCCCGCAGGUGAAGAAGCCGGAUGUGGAGGUCCUGGGCUGAAGUGGUUGCAUGUGGUCUGCGGAUGUGAGGCCGGUUGGAUAUAUUGCCAAAUUCUCUAAAAUGUCAGAGGCAGCUUAUGGUAGGGAAAUUAACAUUCAAUUCUCUGGCACCAGCUCAAUUGCACGCUCCCUCAAAACUUGACACAUCUGUGGCAUUGUGUUGUGUGACAACUGCACAUUUUAUAGUGGCCUUUUUUGUCCCCAGCACAAGGUGCACCUGUGUAAUGAUCAUGCUGUUCAAGCAGCUUCUUGAUAUGCCACACCUGUCAGGUGGAUGGAUUCUUUUGGCAAAGGAGAAAUGCUCACUAACAUGGGACUUUACAUGUUGCAUUUUAUAUUUUUGUUUACUAUAAUUAGUAAAAAAAUAAAAAAUAAUAAUAAUUCCACUUUGACAUUAUGGAGUAUUGUGUGUAGGCCAAUGAAAAAAAAUCUCAAUUGAAUCAAUUAAAAAUUCAGGCUGUAACACAACAAAAUGUGUAAAAAGUCAAAGGGUGUGAAUACUUUCUGUAGGCACUGUAGGGAAUAGGCUGCCAUUUGGGACACACCCUAUAUCUAGCUCUGAGGAAAAUACACAUGGUCCAUUGCUCCUCACACUUUUCCCUGUGUAUCUGUAGGUGAAUGGCAGGUCCUACCCCCAUGCCAAGAUACAACUGGGCAUGAUGGGAGCCAUGCACCCAGCCAACCGACUCGCUGCUUACCUCACGGGCAAGUUGCGGAGGCCUACAGGUCCAGAGCCGUCUAUGGCGGCCUCCGUCUCAUCACAACAGCACCCCUCAGAAACCCCUGAAGAUACAAGGUGCUCCACGGGACAGCCGGUCCAAUUGGCAGCCACUCCUACCACCAGUCUCACCAUGGUUACCACCACCACCAGUGUUCCCUCUGUCGCUUCAGUUGCUGCGGGCCCCAAGUCCAUUGGUGAGAACUACUUUUUGUUGUGUACCUGGAAUAAAAGUGCUUUUUAAGCAAUAAGGUCCGGAGAGGUGUGGUAUAAUUAAGCAAUAAGGCCCGAUAUACCACCGCUAAGGGCUGUUCUUAUGCACGACGCAACGCAGAGUGCCUGGACACAGCCCUUGGCCGUGGUAUAUUGGCAUUAUACCUCAAAUCCCCUAAGUGUAUUAUUGCUAUUUUAAACAGGUUUCCAAUCUAAUUGGAGCCGUAAAAAUAAAUGUUUUGUCAUACCAGUGGUAUACGGUCUGAUAUAUCACGGCUUUCAGCCAAUCAGCAUUCUGAAUGCUAAUUGGCUGACAGCUGUGGUAUAUCAGACUGUAUACCACGGGUAAGACGAAACAUUUAUUUUUACUGCUCUAAUUACGCGCAGGUGUCCACAUACUUUUGGUCAUGUAGUGUAUAUUGGCCAUAUACCAGACCACCUUGGGCCUUAUUGCUUAUAUAUAUAUGACGGCUAAGGGCUGUUCUUAGGCACGACGCAAAGCAGUGGAAUAUCGGCCAUAUACCACAAACCCCAGAGGUGCCUUUUUGCUUUUAUAAACCGGUUACCAACAGAACAAUAAACAAGUAUUUUUUGCAACAUAGAUUGUCUGAUACACACUUCUGGAAUGCUGUUUCAGCAUCGGCAUCUAUCCUGUACAGUAUAUUUAAAAACGGUUUGAAACUACAGUUUUAAUAGUUCAAUUACAAUUUGUUUUUUAGUCUGAUGCAGAAAGCUGUUUUGCCCCCAGAGCAAUUGAAUAUCCUUAGUCCAUAGCAGUAUCAGAUUCAUAACAGGUUCACACACACUAAAUUAUGAUGGACAAGCGUGGGAGACUGAACCUCUACCUCCAUCUCUGCUCCACAGUGACUAACCUGCCCCCAGCGGGAAAGGUCUUCACACGGUUUGUGGUCAACCAAAUCAGCUCCUCACAGCAGAGGCUGCUCCUCACUAGUGAUCCUCCACAGUCGUUGGGCAGUAUUCAGCAGCUUGCCGUGCCCUCUACCUCUCUGGGAGAGGUAGCCUCAGGUAGCUCUUAUGCCAGUUCCUCCACUGGUAUACCCAGUCCUGCCACCAUUUUUAGAAAGCCCCUCCCAUCUAUUUGUGCUGCUGUCUUGACUCCCCAGCCUCUCACAGGCUAACCGUUGGUCCCAUGGCCUGCCACUUUCAUAUUGUCUAUUUGUGGUCGUGACACAUACACAUAGUGGUAGCAUAGCGCUGUGCAUAACCUUCAUCCUCCUUGCCCAUAUCCCAAGCCUCUGCAUGAUUCCUUCCCAUCUCAUCCUGGGUUGCUCUGAUGUGGUGAUUGUUCUGUGUGGUGCGUGGUUGUUUCAUGUGCAUCUUUUUAUCCAUGCUGUUUUCGUCAUUGUUGAAAAAAACAAUGCUUUGUUUUUCAGGUGAUGUGUCUCUUCCCAAGACCUCCCCAAGCAGUGGAGUGGUUCCUAGUCCCCCCAUGCUGGUGCUCCCUGACCCAGGGACCAGUAACGCUGUCAGGAUGGCGUGUCCUCCUACAUCCCAGACCCCGACCCCUCUCAUCCCCCUGACCCCUCUCACGGCAGGGCAGAGGAUGGUUCUACAGCCGGUGCGGAGCACCUCAGGGGCCACCCUGUACCGGAACCCCAACGGACAGCUAAUCCAGCUGGUUCCCCUCAGCCAGCUGCAGGCCCUCAACCCCAACCUCGUAAUGCGCAACAAGGGUGAGUGUCUGACAGUUGAUGCUAUUGAUGCCAAGGCACUGCUGCUCUGUCACAUGCAAGACUGAGUAUGUUAACCCCUUAGACUCGUGGGAAUUGGCCUAUAUGGAUAGGGCUAAAUUGAAAUGUUUCUUGCAGAAGAAAUAUGGAAUGCAAAUGCAUAACCAUGGUAGCAAUUAAAAGGGAACAGUUUGGAGAUUAUGGGAAAAUUAUUAGACUAAAGGCGAGGACACAACAGUUCACCUGACACAAUACUUAAUCCAAACAUGACACUGUUGAUUUUAUGUGCAUUUUACAUUUACUGUACUUUUUUCCGCAUAUGUUGAAAAUACUCUGGAUACAUUCAGUAACAUGAUAAGAAUAUUCUUGGAAAAUGUGGGGUAGGUGCAACAUAAGACAAAAAAAUGACAAGGGUUUGAGUGAGAGGACUAACUGGUGUCUCCAAGUGGCCACACACCUCCAAAGUGUGCAUAGUUCCUAAGAAAUGUCAAUACACUUUUAUGACUCAAAGAACUGUCUUCAAUUAUAAGGUGUUUUUUUGCUAGCGGUAAGGUUGAGGAACUAGAGCAAGCACACUUGUAGUUGUUUUGUUUGGAACAUAGCCCUGCAGCCCCGCCUAUUAUAAAAUACGAUAUCACGGGGCAGUUCAGAGAAACCGAUCCUAAUUUUGGUGCGCAUAGAAUAGAGUCGAGUGCAUUCUGAUGCGUGGUCUGCGGCAAAUUUUCUUAGAAAUACAACAAACGCAGGCACAUUGGGUUCAGGACAACCCAGGGUAUAACGUCAUUUUGUAACUGUACAUCAAACAUGGUGAUCAUAAACCAGGGUUUGUCAACUAGGUUUGGCCUCGGGCCAAAUUUUUUCUGAGCUAAUAGUCAGCGGGCCAUAACAUAAUUAGUAUAUAAUAUUAGCACAAUUAAUUGGCCUACACUACAAAUUCAACAAUAUUUUUAACACAUCUGAUUAGUACAUAAUAAAUUCACUGACAAUAACAUAAUAAUUUCGACCUGAUUACACUCAUAAAAUCACCAUGUCUAUUCAAUAAUUAUUUUGUCUAUUUCUCUGUGCGUUGAUUGGUGGGGAAAAACAGGUCUACUUAGCCUACUGUAGGUCACACUACUUUUUUUAACGUCAACAUUCGUUCAAGAGAAAAUGUCGCUCUCAAGAAGUAUCAAAAGAAAGGUGGAUAAUGAAAAAGUUUCAGGGAAGAAUGUAUAGAGACAUAUAUGCGUUCAUCUUACCAUCUUUUCCCAAUGCCAAGCCAGUGACUUAUUUGCAAUGAAAAUGUCGCUGUUUGCAAAUAAUUCAAUCUCAGACGUCAUUAUGAAUCUAAGCAUGGAACUUUCAAAGUGGCCUUCCUGCCCCAGACAUAGGCCCGCCCCAGAAACAUUGAAGUGUUAACUGGAAGCUACACACAGCUUUUUGGGCUGACACAUUCUGUCACUUAAACGGGUUAAAUCUCCAGUUACAAGGAAGAGGGAAAACAUUUGUAGACAUGGUGGAAAAUCUUGAGGCCUUUACUAGGAAGCUUGAGUUGUUCGAUUUGGACUUGUCAUCUGGAAGGCUACUGCACUUCAGCACACUGAAGAAAUGGCAGGCAUAGGGACCAGGCCGCAGCAUUGUCACAGAGGCGAUGGAAGAUUUCAUCAAGCAGCUGAGGGACAACUUCUCCAUCAGAUUUGAAGACUACAGCAUGCCCAAGGAUAUCAUCGCGUUUGUACGUGAUCCUCUCACAGUCCGCCCAGGUGGAGAAUUCUCCUCCCUUGCUAAGAAAACGAUACCCUCGCUGGAUGAGGCUGCAAUUCAUACUGAGCUGAUUGAAAUCCAGACAUUGAGCCAUAUUAGGGAUGCGCUGAGGAGGGCGGAAUCCUUGUGUGCGCUUUGGGUGGCAUGCUCAGAGGAAUACAGCACAAUAAAGAAACGUGCAUUUUAUGUGCUAACAAUGUUUGGAUCGACUUACACCUGCGAUUCCUCAUUUUCCUCUAUGAAUGCAAAAUGGACUCAUGACAGGAACCGGCUUUCACAUAAGUCAAUAGAGGACUGCCUGCGCAUCAAAAUCACAUCCAUCACACGCGACAUCCACAAGAUCGUGUCCGAGGGGAAAUAUAACUUUACCCAUUGAGGAAGUAACUUAGUGGGCUAUAUGACUGUAUUCAGUCAAUACUAACAUUAUUGUGAGUGCUUAUUUAGGUCUCAAGCUGACAGGAGCAGGCUAUUCCUAUACACACAUUCAGACACAGACAUCGCUUAUUUUUUCUUUAAAUUAUUGUUUUAUGUAGGAUGCUACAUUUUUGGCCAGUUGCAAUUGUAAGUAGGUUUAAUAAAUAAAAUAGAAAUCCCACUUAUAUUAGGCCAUAUUUUAUUUUAUUGUGAAAGAUGCUGUUCAGUCUCAUAGCCUACCUCAGCCAGUUAAGUUAUUUUAUAUAGGCCUAGGCUCUAAAGAAAUAUACUACAAUUAAGCCCUUGUUGUUUGUAAAGUCACUUUUAAAAUGAAGAUUAUUGUUUUAAAUGAAUUACUUGACUGGUGUACGUUUUCUCCAUCUGUUGCUGUGCAACACUUGCAUAACAAGUUAGCUACAGUUGAAGUCGGAAGUUUACAUACACCUUAGCCAAAUACAUUUAAACUCUGUUUUUGUUACGUGAAUUUCUAUCCCAAUGUUUCAAAAAUGAACUUAUUACUCAGUCUGUAUCCCAGAGGUUGUAAAUCUCUAAUAAUCAGAUCAAGCAGCCCAGCAUACAAUCAUCAGGCUUUAUUCAUUGAGAACGUUCUAAAACAAAAUGGUCGUACAAUAUUUUUAUAUGCACACAUCAGAGAAAAUAAAUCCCUCCCCUCUGUAUGCAGGCUGUAGUUUUCCACCUUAUAAUUGCUCUCCUGACCAUCAGUUCUCUCUCACACACACACACACACACACACACACACACACACACACACACACACACACACACACACACAAGCCUAACAGUUUCUCUCCUCCCUAAAUUCCUCAGUUAUCUUGGUUUCUCAGUUGCCUGUAGACAGUUCUCCUUGUCCAUUGUUGUCUGGUCUAACUCUUACUCACAUUGCUAAAUAGUAGCACAAUGUCAUAAUCUUUACUGGUCCUACACUCACACAUUCUAACACAUUUCAUUAAUCAUUAAUAAUUAUUCUAUCAGUUUUUCACAAUUCCUGACAUUUAAUCCUAGUAAAAAUUCCCUGUUUUAAAAUUUACAGCAUUUCCCACACUCAGACAACAAUUUUUUUUAACGGUUGCCCAAUUAGCGGGAGGCAUGGGGGCAACUUCUUAUCGCUCGCUGUGCUCAAGUUCAGAAUGGCUGUCAGUCAAAACACAGAGCUGUAAAGCGGAGACACUGAGCUCUGACGUCACGUAUAGCAUGUUAAUGUACAGCCACUGCGUUCCUAUUUGGGCGCUUAUCAGUGUAAAGGGUUAAUUAAUAACCAUUUUACGAAACAAUGAUUUUGAACUUUUAGAGGACAGAUCAGGGAGUUCUAUAGUAGACUAUGUAUAAUGUGAAGUUGUUACCUCCACUGAAUGAGUGCUGUGUGAAUACAUACACUAUCUGGAGCAUCAGCAAUUGUGGGUUCGAUUACAGGCUCAAAAUGGCCAGAAACGAUUAACUUUCUUCUGAAACUCGUCAGUCUAUUCUUGUUCUGAGAAAUGAAGGCUUUUCCAUGCGAGAAAUUGCCAAGAAACUGAAGAUCUCGUACAACUCUGUGUACUACUCCCUUCACAGAACAGCACAAACUGUCUCUAACCAGUUUCAGAAGAAAGUUAUUUGUUUCUGGCCAUUUUGAGCCUGUAAUCGAACCCACAAUUGCUGAUGCUCUAGAUACUCAACUAGUCUCAAGAAGGCCAGUUUUAUUGCUUCUUUAAUCAGCACAACAGUUUUCAGCUGUGCUAACAUAAUUGCAAAAGGGUUUUCUAAUGAUCAAUUAGCCUUUUAAAAUGAUAAGCUUGGAUGAGCAAACACAAUGUGCCAUUGGAACACAGGACUGAUGGUUGCUGGUAAUGGGCCUCUGUACGCCUAUGUAGAUAAUCCAUUAAAAAUCAGCCCUUUCCAGUACAAUAGCCAUUUACAACAUUAACAAUGUCUACACUUUAUUUCUGAUCAAUUUGAUGUUAUUUUAAUGGACAAAAAAAUAGCUUUCUUUCGAAAACAAGGACAUUUCUAAGUGACCCCAAACUUUUGAACGGAAGUGUAAAUUUUUUGUGUAUUAUAAUAAUUGAAAAGUUGGUGAACUUUUCUCCUUUUCUUUUCAGGGGGUUUGAUCAGCUUAACCACACCUGCGUGCUUGGCCUCGGGGUCGACAGCCACCAUUAACAGCUCCACCUCUCUCACCACAUGGCAGAACAAGGGCCAUGGUAGCAGGGCUCCCACCAUCACCACCGUCCCUUUCACUGUCCCAAAGACUUCAAGCAGCACCACCACCGCCGCCCCUAAAACCACGCCUCAUGAAGUCACUUCCUCCAUAUCAGGCUCCAAGUCUUUCAACAUCCGUAACGUUAGUCUCUCACCCACUGAGACAAAUAGCGGGACGUACACUUUGAAGAUUGUUCCUCAGACGGGUAACAAGGAGCCCAUCAUCAUCACGUGUCCCAAGGUGCCAGCCCAGCCAGCCCAGGGCUCCUCCAAGGUCAUGCCUAUAGUAGGGGGCUUUACUGUGCUGCAGCCUUCCCUGAAAACCACAGUAAUUACUGUCAAAUCCCCCACGAAGACUGUUAUGGACACAGGUGUCAAAGCUGCCACCACCUCUACAGUGGACUCCAGUGUAGACUCUAAGGUCACGUCUGAGCUGUAUAGUUGGAUGCUGCCUCGCCAAAAAAACACAAAACCGUCUGUAAGCCACCAGUUUAAAUUUAUAAAAGCUGACACUAUCUCCACAGCGGACUCCAAUACAGACCCUAAGAUCCAGCAUGAGGUGGGAAGAGUGCUGCAGCCUCCCCCCAAAACCCUCAGACCCCCUAUAACCCCGCGUACAAAGACAGGUGUCCAAGUUGCAGCGGAUUCCAAUGUAGACCCCAAGCUCCUUCCUAGGAAGGCUUGUGUCAAUCAUCCCUACCAGACCUGGACAGGGCGACAGAAGAAGAAGAAGAAGAAGAAGAGGAAGGAGGUGGAGGUUGUGGAUCUGGUCGAGGAUGAGGACGACUCUGAUGACAUGGAUGAGGAAACGGAUGAGAAGACGGAAAACUCAUCUGACGAGACGGAUUCUGCUAAUUCCUGUGUUAAUAAAGAGGAUCUUACUGACGUCAUCAAUGUAAGAACUCUUUUAGCUUUAUACAAUACAUGUCUAUUUUCAGAUUCCGUCACCUAAACCUUCUCUUAUUCUCUAAUUUUAGACUAAACAGUAGAGUAGUCGGUCUCUUUCUUGGUUUGUCUAUUUGUGUGGGUAGGCCCAGCUAAUUUAGAUGUAAACAGUCUAGUUUUGUAUAACUAUAUAGUUCAAUUGUGCCAUAGUUUUAAUAUUCAAGUCUGUAGUUUGUAGUUUGGACUCCAUGAUCGAGCUUCUUCCUGUUGUGUCCUGUAGAAGCAGCUGAAGCACAACGUGUUGGAGAGGCAUCGGCGCUAUGAGCUCCAGGGGCGCUUCCAGCAGCUGAGAGAAACACUGGAACUUGACGUAAAAGCUGCUAAAAUUAAAAUCCUCAAAGAUGUAAGCACCAAUAAAUAAAUAAAAUCCCUUGAAUUAAAGUGUGUGGGGGGUUGAUACAGUUACAUAUUGCGAUAUUAUUUUGCACCAUAUUAUACUGAACAAAACUAUAAAUGCAACAUGCAACAAUUUCAAUGAUUUUAUGAGUUACAGUUCGUAUAAGGAAAUCAGUCAGUUUAAAUAAAUUAAUUAGGUCCUAAUCUAUGGAUUUCACAUGACUGGGCAGGGGUGCAGCCAUGGAUGGGCCUAGGCAUAGGCCCACCCACUUGGGAGCAAGGCCCACCUACUGGGGAGCCAGGCCCAGCCAAUCAGAAUGAUUUUUUCCCUGCAAAAGGGCUUUAUUACAGACAGAAAUACUCCUCAGUUUCAUCAGCUGUUUGGGUGGCUGGUCUCAGAUUAUCCCGCAGGUGAAGAAGCCGGAUGUGGAGGUGCUGGGCUGGCAUGGUUACAUGUGGUCUGUGGUUUUGAGGCCGGUUGGACAUACUGCCAAAUUCUCUAAAACGACGUUGGAGGUGGCUUAUGGUAAAGAAAUGAACAUUAAAUUCACUGGCAACAGCUCUGGUAGACAUUCCUGCAGUCAGCAUGCCAAUUACACGCUCCCUCAAAACUUGAGACAUCUGUGGCAUUGUAUUGUGUGACAACCACAUUUUAGUGACCUUUUAUUGGCCCCAGCACAAGGUGCACCUGUGUAAUGAUAAUGCAGUUUAAUCAGCUUCUUGAUAUGCCACACCUGUCAGGUGGAUGGAUUAUGUUGGUGAAGGGGAAAUGCUCACUAACAGGGAUGUAAACAUAUUUGUGCACAACAUUUGGAGAGAAAUAAGCUUUUUGUGCAUAUGGAAGAGUUCUGGGAUCUUUUAUUUCAGCUCAUGAAACAUGGGACCAACACUUUACAUGUUGCGUUUAUAUUUUUGUUCAGUAUAUAUCGAUACUUUGACCCCAAGUAUCGAUUUGUAGCGUCAGCUGGCGAUAGUCGGCUGUACCGUUAUUUUUCAUCUUAUAUCUUGUUCUCCAUCUUCUUUUUAAAUAGUGAGCCAACAUGUUUUCAUAAAUGUUAUUUCCAUGGCUCUCUCAUGUCUCUGCAGCAGACAUAUAGUGAGCAAUAUGUUUGGAACAUCAAAUCAUAAUAAAAUCCAAGUAUCGAAUCGCAAUACAUAUAGAAUAGUUAGAAUCGCAAUACAUAUAGAAUAGUUAGAAUCACAAUACAUAUCGUAUCGGCACCUAAGUAUCGUGUUAAUAUCAUAUCGUGAGGUCCCUAGCAAUUACCAGCUCUACUUUUGACCAGUAUGGAAUAGGUUGCGAUUUGUGACUCAGAAAAGGUGUUAUUUGUAUAUUUUGUUAUUGUGGCCAAUCAGAGCGGUGCUCUAGUUUUGUUUUGUUGAAGCAACCACUCUUAAUAGAUAACAAGUCAACUCUGUAAUAUAACCAGGCGAAGGAGGAGAUCCAGGUCUUGACAAAGAAAAGUACCGACGUGGAGAAGCUGAGGAGUUCACUGACCCUGGAGAGAGCAGUUCAUGUCAAGAAGAUGUCCCAAUUAACUGGUGAUAAUGGACAUUACAUUUGACCCUCCUCUCUCUCCAUUUACUCUUAUGCACUUCCUCUUUCCUCCUGUAACAUGUCAACAUUCUGUAUUCUGUGGGUUUGCGACAACUAAUGUAAAAAUGGCUUUGUAGAUAAAUGCAUUUGACUGACUGAUUGAUUGUACAUUCAACCAAUGUGUUUCCUCCACAGGAGAGUCUGAGGAACAGAUACUGACGAACAUCCAGUACAUCGGUUCCCAACAGAAGAUCGAGAAGCUGCACGUCAACUGGAAGAAAGAAGGGAAAGUCUCCUCUGCUGUUUCGUCCUCCUCAGUUGUCUCGUCCGCCUCAGUUGUCUCCACCUGCUGUGAGUCUGAGCAGAGACCAAGGCCUGGUCCCCUCUCAAAGAGGACCACGGAGGAGGCUAAGGGGGGUAAGAGCAUGGGAGGAGUGACGGCAGAAAAGGAGGAGGUGGUGGCCCUUCUGGAGGACACGGAGGACGAGAAAACCGACAACUCCUCGGACGAGACCGAGGAUUCUGACGAUGACUACAACAACGACAUUGCUAAAGGGCACGUCAUUCAUUUCAUCAGUGUAAGAAAUGUUAUAAUUUAUUAUACAACACAGUUCGGUUUCUGUUGAUUAAAUCUCUUCUCUUGAGAAUUGUGGUUUUAGCGUUUUUUAUUUUUAUUACGGCUCAUCUGUCUUUCAGGAUGUUGAGGAAGAGGCUGUAGACAUUGAGAGUGUGGAGGACAAUCCAAAGAAGCGCACCACUCCACAAUUGAAGGCAAAACACACUAAAGAGGUGGAAGGACCUUUUAUUCCUUCCUUCAAAUAUGGUUAGGCUGUGAUUUCAGUGUUCAUGGUUGUAAUUUGCAGUGUUUUUGGUUCAAUGUUACCAUUAGCACUGGGACUUGCUCAACCAAUAUGAGAGACAACGCUGUGCUGAGUUUCGGAAGAGCUUUAAAGCCCUGACAGAGACUUUGGACCUUGGCGACCCGGCACCUACUAAUGUUUUCAUCCUCGGGCAGGUAAGACUAAGGUUGCAUCCCAAAUGGCACCCUGUUCCCUAUAUAGUGCACGACUUUUGACCAGGGCCCAUAGGACCCAUAACACCUCAGAGCUUGCCUACGCUCUCCAGAGCUUUUACUGUUGAAAAGCCAUAUCCCAUGUAUAAAUACAGUAAAGUACAGUCGUGGUCAAAAGUUUUGAGAAUGACACAUUAAUUUUCACAAAGUCUUCUGCCUCAGUUUUGAUGAUGGCAAUUUGCAUAUACUCCAGAAUGUUAUGAAGAGUGAUUAGAUGAAUUGCAAUUAAUUGCAAAGUCCCUCUUUGCCAUGAAAAUGAACUUAAUCCCCCAAAAACAUUUCCACUGCAUUUCAGCCCUGCCACAAAAGGACCAGCUGACAUCAUGUCAGUGAUUCUCUCGUUAACACAGGUGAGAGUGUUGACGAGGACAAGGCUGGAGAUCACUCUGUCAUGCUGAUUGAGUUAGAAUAACAGACUCGAAGCUUUAAACGGAUGGUGGUGCUUGAAAUCAUUGUUCUUCCUCUGUUAACCAUGGUUACCUGCAAGGAAUCACGUGCCGUCAUCAUUGCUUUGCACAAAAAGGGCUUCACAGGCAAGGAUAUUGCUGCUAGUAAGAUUGCACCUAAAUCAACCAUUUAUCGGAUCAUCAAGAACUUCAAGGAGAGAGGUUCAAUUGUUGUGAAGAAGGCUUCAGGGCGCCCAAGAAAGUCCAGCAAGUGCCAGGACCAUCUCCUAAAGUUGAUUCAGCUGUGGGAUCGGGGAACCACCAGUGCAGAGCUUGCUCAGGAAUGGCAGCAGGCAGGUGUGAGUGCAUCUGCACACACAGUGAGGCGAAGAUUUUGGAGGAUGGCCUGGUGUCAAGAAGGGCAGCGAGGAAGCCACUUCUCUCCAUGAAAAACAUCAGGGACAGACUGAUAUUCUGCAAAAGGUACAGGGAUUGGACUGCUGAGGACUGGGGUAAAGUCAUUUUCUCAACUCGUGGUCCUCUGUAGCUCAGCUGGUAGAGCACGGCGCUUGUAACGCCAAGGUAGUGGGUUCGAUCCCCGGGACCACCCAUACACAAAAAUGUAUGCACGCACGACUGUAAGUCGCUUUGGAUAAAAGCGUCUGCUAAAUGGCAUAUUAUUAUUAUUAUUAUUAUUAUUCUCUGAAUCCCCUUUCCGAUUGUUUGGGGCAUCCGGAAAAAAGCUUGUCUGGAGAAGACAAGGUGAGCGCUACCAUCAGUCCUGUGUCAUGCCAACAGUAAAGCAUCCUGAGACCAUUCAUGUGUGGGGUUGCUUCUCAGCCAAGGGAGUGGGCUCACUCACAAUUUUGCCUAAGAACACAGCCAUGAAUAAAGAAUGGUACCAACACAUCCUCAGAGAUCAACUUCUCCCAACCAUCCAAGAACAGUUUGGUGACGAACAAUGCCUUUUCCAGCAUGAUGGAGCACCUUGCCAUAAGGAAAAAGUGAUAACUAAGUGGCUCGGGGAACAAAACAUCUACAUUUUGGGUCCAUGGCCAGGAAACUCCCCAGACCUUAAUCCCAUUGAGAACUUGUGGUCAAUCCUCAAGAGGCGGGUGGACAAACAAAAACCCACAAAUUCUGACAAACUCCAAGCAUUGAUUAUGCAAGAAUGGGUUGCCAUCAGUCAGGAUGUGGCCCAGAAGUUAAUUGACAGCAUGCCAGGGCGGAUUGCAGAGGUCUUGAAAAAGAAGGGUCAACACUGCAAAUAUUGACUCUUUGCAUAAACUUAAUGUAAUUGUCAAUAAAAGCCUUUAACACUUAUGGAAUGCUUGUAAUUAUACGUCAGUAUACCAUAGUAACAUCUGACAAAAAUAUCUCAUAACACUGAAGCAGCAAACUUUGUGAAGACCAAUACUUGUGUCAUUCUCAAAACUUUUGACCACGACUGUAAAGGGUAAAAAAAAGGUUUUGCGCAAAAUAGUUUGCAAACUUUAAGGAGUUGGUCUGAUGGGGAUUCGUGAUAUAAUCGGCCUCUCUCCUUGCUUGAGGAACAAUAGAGGAGCAAUAGAGAACAAAAGAGGAAAAGCUCACCCUCUAUUCUGCCAUGUCAUGAGGAUACCUGGACCACUAUUGAGAUACCUUUUAAGUAAAUCAGAUGAUAAAUGAGCUGAAAAGGAGACUGGAGUAGGACUUUAAUAUGGAUUAUUGGGAGUGUUAAGUAAAAUAAGCUAUGGCCAUUUUAAAUCUUUCUUGAUGAAUUCGUUUAGGAAUAUUCAGUCAUAUUCAGGGAAGUUAGCAGACUAAUUCAUUGAUGCUGCUUUGAGACAUACAGUUGAAGUCGGAAGUUUACAUACAGUGGGGGAAAAAAGUAUUUAGUCAGCCACCAAUUAUGCAAGUUCUCCCACUUAAAAAGAUGAGAGGCCUGUAAUUUUCAUAAUAGGUACACGUCAACUAUGACAGACAAAUUGAGAAUUUUUUCCAGAAAAUCACAUUGUAGGAUUUUUAAUGAAUUUAUUUGCAAAUUAUGGUGGAAAAUAAGUAUUUGGUCACCUACAAACAAGCAAGAUUUCUGGCUCUCACAGACCUGUAACUUCUUCUUUAAGAGGCUCCUCUGUCCUCCACUCGUUACCUGUAUUAAUGGCACCUGUUUGAACUUGUUAUCAGUAUAAAAGACACCUGUCCACAACCUCAAACAGUCACACUCCAAACUCCACUAUGGCCAAGACCAAAGAGCUGUCAAAGGACACCAGAAACAAAAUUGUAGACCUGCACCAGGCUGGGAAGACUGAAUCUGCAAUAGGUAAGCAGCUUGAUUUGAAGAAAUCAACUGUGGGAGCAAUUAUUAGGAAAUGGAAGACAUACAAGACCACUGAUAAUCUCCCUCGAUCUGGGGCUCCACGCAAGAUCUCACCCCGUGGGGUCAAAAUGAUCACAAGAACGGUGAGCAAAAAUCCCAGAACCACACGGGGGGACCUAGUGAAUGACCUGCAGAGAGCUGGGACCAAAGUAACAAAGCCUACCAUCAGUAACACACUACGCCGCCAGGGACUCAAAUCCUGCAGUGCCAGACGUGUCCCCCUGCUUAAGCCAGUACAUGUCCAGGCCCGUCUGAAGUUUGCUAGAGUGCAUUUGGAUGAUCCAGAAGAGGAUUGGGAGAAUGUCAGAUGAAACCAAAAUAUAACUUUUUGGUAAAAACUCAACUCGUUGUGUUUGGAGGACAAAGAAUGCUGAGUUGCAUCCAAAUAACACCAUACCUACUGUGAAGCAUGGGGGUGGAAACAUCAUGCUUUGGGGCUGUUUUUCAUUGAAGAUGAAACGUGGCUGGGUCUUUCAGCAUGACAAUGAUCCCAAACACACCGCCCGGGCAACGAAAGAGUGGCUUUCGUAAGAAGCAUUUCAAGGUCCUGGAGUGGCCUUGCCAGUCUCCAGAUCUCAACCUGUGUUGCCCAGCGACAGCCCCAAAACAUCACUGCUCUAGAGGAGAUCUGCAUGGAGGAAUGGGCCAAAAUACCAGCAACAGUGUGUGAAAACCUUGUGAAGACUUACAGAAAACGUUUGACCUGUGUCAUUGCCAACAAAGGGUAUAUAACAAAGUAUUGAGAAACUUUUGUUAUUGACCAAAUACUUAUUUUCCACCAUCAUUUGCAAAUAAAUUCAUAAAAAAUCGUACAAUGUGAUUUUCUGGAUUUUCUUUUCUCAUUUUGUCUGUCAUAGUUGACGUGUACAUAUGAUGAAAAUUACAGGCCUCAUCUUUUUAAGUGGGAGAACUUGCACAAUUGGUGGCUGACUAAAUACUUUUUUCCCCCACUGUACACCUUAGCCAAAUACAUUUAAACUCAGUUUUUCACAAUUCCUGACAUUUAAUCCUAGUACAAAUUCCCUUACUUAGGUCAGUUAGGAUCACCACUUUAUUUUAAGAAUGUGAAAUGUCAGAAUAAUAGUAGAGAGAAUGAUUUACUCCAGCUUUUCUUUCUUUCUUCACAUUCCCAGUGGGUCAGAGGUUUACAUACACUCAAUUAGUACUUGGUAGCAUUGCCUUUAAAUUGUUGAACUUGGGUCAAACGUUUCGGGGAGCCUUCCACAAGCUUCCCACAAUAUGUUGGGUGAAUUUUGGGCCAUUCCUCCUGACAGAGCUGGUGUAACUGAGUCAGGUUUGUAGGCCUGCUUGCUCGCACAUGCUUUUUCAGUUCUGCCCACAUAUAUUUUUUAUAGGAUUGAGGUCAGGGCUUUUUGAUGGCCACUCUAAUACCUUGACUUUGUUGUCCUUAAGCCAUUUUGCCACAACUUUGGAAGUAUGCUUGGGGUCAUUAUCCAUUUGGAAGACCCAUUUGCGACCAAGCUUUAACUUCCUGACUGAUGUCUUGAGAUGUUGCUUCAAUAUAUCCACAUAAUUUUCCUUCCUCGUGAUGCCAUCUAUUUUGUGAAGUGCACCAGUCCCUCCUGCAGCAAAGCACCUCCACAGCAUGAUGCUGCCACCCCCGUGCUUCACGGUUGGGAUGGUGUUCUUCGGCUUGCAAGGUACCCCCUUUUUCCUCCAAACAUAACGAUGGUCGUUAUGGCCAAACAGUUCUAUUUUUUUUUCAUCAGACCAGAGGACAUUUCUCCAAAAAGUACGAUCUUUGUCCCCAUGUGCAGUUGCAAACCGUAGUCUGGCUUUUCUAUGGCGGUGUUGGAGCAGUGGCUUCUUCCUUGCUGAGAGGCCUUUCAGGUUAUGUCGAUAUAGGACUCGUUUUACUGUGGAUAUAGAUACUUUUGUACCUGUUUCCUCCAGCAUCUUCACAAGGUCCUUUGCUGUUGUUCUGGGAUUGAUUUGCACUUUUCGCACCAAAGUACGUUCAUCUCUAGGAGACAGAACGCGUCUCCUUCCUGAGCGGUAUGACCGCUGUGGUCCCAUGGUGUUUAUACUUGCGUACUAUUGUUUGUACAGAUGAACGUGGAACCUUCAGGCGUUUGAAAAUUGCUCCCAAGGAUGAACCAGACUUGUGGAGGUCAAACAAUUAUUUUUCUGAGCUCUUGGCUGAUUUCUUUUGAUUUUCCCAUGAUGUCAAGCAAAGAGGCACUGAGUUUGAAGGUAGGCCUUUAAAUACAUCCACAGGUACACCUGCAAUUGACUCAAGUGAUGUCUAUCAGAAGCUUCUAAAGCCAUGACAUAAUUUUCUGGAAUUUUCCAAGCUGUUUAAAGGCACAGUCAACUUAGUGUAUGUAAACUUCCGACCCACUGGAAUUGUGGUACAGUGAAUUAUAAGUGAAAUAAUCUGUCUGUAAACAAUUGUUGGAAAAAUUACUUGUGUCAUGCACAAAGUAGAUGUCCUAACCGACUUGCCAAAACUAUAGUUUGUUAACAAGAAAUUUGUGGAGUGGUUGAAAAACAAGUUUUAAUGACUCCAACCUAAGUGUAUGUAAACUUCCGACUUCAACUGUACAGUACCUCCCAGAAUUGCAUCAAGUUUUAUUUAGUAAAAAACCUCUUGUUUUUUACUAAAUACCAAGUAUUGUCUCUGUUAUUUAACAGGCCCGAAAACAAGUAAUUGACCUGAGAGACAAAUGUGAACACCUGGAAAAACUGAAGAGUGCGCUGAUCGAAGAAAGAGCAGCUUAUAUCAAGAAAAUCUCCCAAAAAUCAGGUAAUGGGCCUUACAUUUGACUCUCCUCUCCUCUCCAGUCUCUCCCUCCGGUAACAGUGGCCUGUUGUCUCUCUCUACAGGAAAGAGAGAGGAGCUCAUCCUCAGGAAGCUUCAGGACAUCUCUACCAAACAGAAGAACAUUGACGUGGUGUUCAAAGGGAAGCGGAGAGGGGCGUCCUCAGCCCCCUCGUCAUCAGUCUUACCCAAUAAAACCAUCUCACCAAGCAGCACUCAACAGCCUAAGCCAAAAUCCCUGGCUCCCGGUCUCAAGUUAAAGGUGGUACCCACCCCUGUCCCCCGCUCUAUCCCCCCACAGCCUGCACUCCAACGACCCAAGACAAGUCCCAUCAUCUCCCCACCCUCCAGGAAACCCCCCUCAACGUGUCAUCUGUCGGGUGACAGGACCAGACCUAACAUCCUGUCUCGCAGGAAACCACAACCUCCCCUAGGUGAGUCCCCCCUCGCUCUGACCCUGUUACUGUCUAGCAGCACCAAAUGAGCCAGACUGACUGCAAUAAGACAGACUGCAGAUCUAGAGACUGAACUUCCAUGUGAAGAAAUAAAGCACUGUAAAUCAUUUGGAUCUGUUUUUCUGCCUCCCCAACAGAGUCCCCACCUGUUCACGCUGGGUUUCUCCCUCCUCAAAUGCUGUCUAUAGUGGGUGGAGUGAUACCAUCUCAGCAGGGGAUCACUAUGAGCCCAGUGCAGCCUGCCAGUUCUCUGCUGCCGGUAGGACGCGUCACUGGAAUCGAAAUGCAACAGUCUCUAAUACCAGGUAGGCUUAUAGUGACUCAAUGUACUCAGUUGCAUACAUUUUUUUUGUUGAUUUGAUUCUUCUUAAAUGUCUCACUUUUUUUAGGUGUCGCUUCAGUCACCAUCAGUAUCCCCUCAAUGUCACAACCCAUUUCUCUCACUCCACCUCGUAAUAUCCUCAACAGGGGAGGUAACUUCCGACAUGUUUUUACCGCUUGAAUGUAGAAAUCUUUGAAUCUGAUUUAAGUUAGCUGAAUGUUAUGCCAUUGAGACAAAAUGUAUUUUGUUUCCUAUUUUUCAGUUCCUCAUAUCGCCAAAGUGAUUUCACUAGUGAAAGCCCCUCCAGGUGUGUCAGGGGGAGCUCCGAGGAGGCCAUCCCCAGUGAAGGGUAGGGGAAGUGGGCUGGAGGACAGGGAGGUGCUGGGGAAGCAGCUGGACCACUCUGUAGAAUGUUUAAAGAUCAAUGACGCAGACGGGAACUCUGAUGAGGAGGACGAAGACAACGAAGAAGGUGAUGUUGAAGACGAGAGUCUGACAUCUCUCCUCAAUGAGAUCGUCUUCCUCAACCAGCAGAUUACCACAGACGACAACAGCAGCCCCAGAGGUCUUCCAGUGGUCACCCACAAACCACCCACUGAGUCUGGGGAGGUUGGGACGGACCGGUCCUUACCACCACCACCGCAGGCAGAGAAGGAAAUCAUCAGAAAUGGAGAUGAUGAGCGCUCCCUCAGCCCCUUGUUCCUGAGACUUGACGAGGACCUUCUGGGGCUCAAAGAGGGCCAGGGCCAGGAUGAGGCUUCCAAAGGCCCAGGCCUGCCAGUGCCACAGGCAGAGGACCUUAAAGUGGGUUUUGGAACCAACGAGAAACCAUCAGAGACAGGUUCUGCUCCUGCUCCGAUUGUCAAUGGGCACAGCCCACAAGGACCAGCAUGCACUGCAAAAGGUCACGGUGCACUUCAAAAGGCGCUGACGCCACCGCCGCUGCUGCAGAUGAAAGUUGGCGUGGCCAAGGUGCUGGAGUCCAAUGAUAAGCCGGGGGAUGCCCUGGCCCUGCCCCCGCUACUGCAGAUGAGGCCAAUGCCGAGGCUAGCCCCACUAGGACUAAAGAACAACCCUCAGACGUAG